UCUUUGCUCCUUAAUUUCUCUGUCGUUCUCUUGUUCUCUCUAGAGUUUCCAAGAGGGCCACCAGUACUGUUCAUCUUCUAAAAGAUUUGAUCAAUUCAGUUGAGCCUGAGAAGUUUGAUCCACACCAUUUUGUGCUGCUUUAUCAUUGGUUCAUUGGAUGUCUUGAGGUUUUGGGCUCAAUCCUUGUGAACAUUUUCGAUCCUUGACGUUUUGUGAUCAAACAAUCAUGCAAUCAAAAUAUCUAGGGGUCACUCUGGUCAUGGAACAGCCCACACAGCCAUCUCAGCCUGUGAUGGGAGGUGUACCAUCUGCUGCCCAAUCAGCAUAUACUUCUCCUUACCAAUCUGCUGCCAUGGUUACCGGAGCUCCAGCGGUAAUCGGAGCCAUGCCACCCGGCAUUCAACUGGCAUCAACAUUCCCCACCAACCCGCACCAGCUUGCAUACCAAAUCCAACAGAAGCAUCAGCAGCUCCAAGCCUUCUGGGCCACACAAAUGGCAAACAUAGAACAAAGCACUGACUUCAAGAACCACAGCCUGCCUCUCUCUAGGAUAAAGAAAGUCAUGAAAGCUGAUGCGGAUGUCAAGAUGAUCUCAGCUGAGGUUCCUGUGAUAUUUGCAAAGGCGUGUGAGAUGUUCGUACUGGAGCUCACACUAAGAUCAUGGAAUCAUGCUGAGGAGAAUAGAAGAAGAACACUACAAAAAAAUGAUAUAGCUGCUGCCGUAGCAGAGACCGACAUAUUUGACUUCCUUGUUGAUAUCAUUCCCAGGGCUGAAUCAAAGGAAGAAGGCUCCAGGAUUGCAAGUGCUGCUUUGCCAGCCAUAAGUGCUCAGGCCAACUCAAUGCCCUACUAUUAUGUACCACCACAGGAUCUAGUAACAGGCGCAGAGAUGAUCAUGGGGGAGCCUGGUGAUCAAUCAUCCACAGGAGCAAUGUAGACUGUAGUUGUUUACAUGUGGCAGCAGCCGGAGCAGCUGAACAUUUGAAAUGGUUUAGAAUGCUAGUUUUUUUUUUUGGUUUCUACAGAUAUAGGGAGGAACAUUGUUAGAUGGAAUUGCGUGGUACCUUAUGUGUCAGUACAAGUAGUUGAGCUUUUAGUAGACCUCUUUUCAGUUGGGUUGGAGGCGAAGCAAGAAAAAACCUUGGCUCUUGCAUGCAGAUGAUAAGAGAACAACUUUGUGAA